GAAAUGGCUCUUUUCCGGGACGGUAUAUGCUGUGGUAAUAGAACCGACUAACAUGAGAGCGAAACACUGGAAACCCCAAAUUCCCAAUUUCUCCGAUCUCAAAUUAAAAGACAAAUCCUUUACCAAUAGAUCUCUCUAGGGUUUCUUCAGAUUCCGAUCCUCUUCUCUUUAACCCAAUUCAAUCUUCCUCGCCAAUAUGCCUCAAAGACACUCGAAGAACAACAAUGAUCUUGCGUAUUUCACUUACGACGAGAAGAAGAAGUUAGGGUAUGGAACUCAGAGAGAGAGAUUGGGGAAAGACUCGAUUAAGCCCUUCGAUGCUUGUUCUCUCUGCUUGAAGCCUUUCAUCGAUCCGAUGUGUUGUCACAAGGGUCAUGUCUUCUGCAGAGAGUGCAUACUCGAAUGCAUCCUGGCUCAGAAGAAAGAUAUCCAAAGGAGGGUUGCUGCACAUACGUCCCAGAAGAAGCAAGACAAGGAUGAAGAAGAAGAGAGGCUAAUGUUACAAAAGGCGAGAGAGCUCGACGAUUUUGAUCAGCAAAACCAUAGUGCAAUGCCUAGAAACAGUGAAAAGAACCACAACCAAGAUAAGAGUGGUUUUCAUGGGGCAAACAGUGUGAAGGCAACUUCCUUUGAAGAAGAAGCGCUUAGGACGAUGAAAGCCUUCUGGCUCCCAUCAGCUACACCAGCAGCUUCAGUCAGAGUAGAUGCUCCAGAAACUCACACGGUCUGUCCAGAGGGCAAAGAGAAACUCAAGCUUAAGAACCUCUUUGCAAUUCGUUUCACAGAAGACAACAGCGAAGAGGAAGAGAACAAGACGAAAUCAGCAUCCUCAAGCUCUUAUGACAAAGCCUACAUUUGCCCCAGCUGCAAAGUCACUCUCACCAACACAAUGUCUCUUGUGGCACUCAGCUCAUGCGGGCAUGUUUUCUGCAAAAAGUGUGGCGAAAAGUUCAUGCCUGUCGACAAAGUAUGUCUUGUGUGUGACAAACCUUGCAAGGACAGGAACUUGGUUGGAUUAAAGAAAGGAGGCACUGGUUUUGCUGAGCACGAUGAUCAUCUUGAGGCUAAGGAGUACAAGCAUUUGGGUAGUGGCUCUGGUUUGGGGCUUGUGAGGCCGGUUAAGACAUGAUGAAACCACAUCAGGUGUUGUGUUGCAAAUCACAGAAAAUAUCCUUGAUUUUGUAUACAUUAAACUUUUUAUGGCGUGUACCCUUUGUUACAACUAAGAGACACUAUCUCUGUUUUGGAUCUUGCUUUCGUCCUUUUGAGUAGAUCCAAAACUAAGCGCUAUCUCUAUUUUGCUUCAACUAAGAAUAAGAGACACUAUCUUUGCCACAA